AUGGUAUUUGAUGCAAUGGAGGAAUGGGACCUUGUGUCAAUGAAUGCAAUGCUAGCGGCAUUUUGUGACAGUGGGAGCUCGUUCAAUGCCAAGGAGAUGCUCAGUUGGAUGUGUGCUCGGAAUCUUAGCUCUUGGAACUGCGUUCUCCGAUCAUUUGCUCUUGAUGGGGAUCUUGACGAGACAAAGAGAUUAUUUGACAAAAUGCCCGAGUGGGACCAAAUGUCUUUCAAUUUCAUGCUUGCGGCAUAUGUCUCAGGCGGGCAUCAUGGUCUUGCUAAAGUAAUGUACGAAACACUACUUCGUGAGAAAGAUUCCUUUUCACACGUCGCCAUGCUAAGUGCCUACACUGUACAGUGCAAGAAAUUAUCAAAUGUGGAGGAAGCGAAGGUGUUGUUUGAGAAGAUGCCUGAGCGAGAUCUAAUCGCAUGGAAUGCUAUGUUUUUAGGACAUUCCCAACACAGGCAUUUAGAAGACUCAAAGUGCCUGUUUGAUUUGAUGCCUUCCCACAAUAUUGUCUCUUACAACACUCUGAUGGCAGCUUACUCUCAGCAUGGAUACAUCGAGGAUGCCCUCUUGGUCUUCCAGAAAAUGAGACACAGGAACUCUAUUUCGUGGAACACUCUACUUGUGUCAUAUGCUCAAAAUGGGCAUACGAAUACUGCAAAGGCGUUUUUCUCAACCUUGCCCGAGCAAAAUCUGGUUUCUUGGAAUGUAGUAAUUGGAAUGUAUGCUUUAAAUGGGCAAACUGCACAAUCCUUGGAGCUCUUUAGAAACUGUGUUGCUGAUGGUGUCAAUCUGGAUGAUGUAUCUUUUACCUCUGCAUUGAUUGCUUUGAGCCAUAGCGGUGAGGUUGACGAUUCACUUUUUCUGUUUAAAUCAAUGAUAGCAGACUACUUAGUAACGCCUGGCAAGCAACAAUAUGGUUGUAUCAUCUCCUUGUUUGCUCGUGGAGGAUAUGAUAGAUCCUGUAAAGAACUCAUUGAUACAAUGCCUUUCUUUCCUGAUACUCACGACUGGACGUGCCUGGCUGGAGCUUGUGUCACUGAGCCUUCUCUCACACUCGAGCCACCUCUUCAUGCCGCGAAAAAUUCCUCACAACUUUGUUCUUCGCACGAUCAUCGACUGCUCCUACUCUCUCACAUGCUUCUCCGGUUCCAGACGGCAUUCAUUACGAGCAUAGCAAUGCGUCCAAGAAAACAGCCAGCUGCAUAUUUCUCAAGUGAUCACGUCGAAUCAGAUCCAAAACUCUUUGUUUACCUUGCUGAAUCCCCCAUCCUUGUAGCGGAAGGUGGUAGCGUCACUUUCUCUAGGUUUGCGCUCGUACGCCACCAGACCCUCGCACCACUAAGUAGAAGCUUGCGUAGGGAACCAGAUGGUUUUCAGACUCAUGAAGCUCCUCGCUUCCAUCAACAAAGAAGUGGAACUUCUCAGCUCUUGGCUGCUGCCUCUUGUGCUCCUCGACAACCUACACUGCCUCUUCCAUCUUCUGGAUUGGCGAUUGCACGAAUUACAAAUCACUGUAUCCCAGAACCUCGUCAAACGGAAUAG